AUGACUGUCGAUAAACGUAGUGUGGGGGCAGAUAAUGCGGACGAUGGACGGCCGAAUGAUAGGGGAGGUGGUGCUAGAUAUCCAUACCCAAAGCAUGUGUGGUCCCCCGCUGGUGGUUGGUGGGCCCGUCCUGCGAAUUGGCGGAGUAACACUGUCAUAACUUUUGCUGGUAUGUUUGCCAUUGCAUACGGAGUCUGGACUGUCAGCGCAGACCGUGAGAUAAGACACGUUCAACCCGACCGACCGAUACCGUCCAUGAUGUGGGCAAAACAGUACAAGGACCAGUCUCGGGAGAACUGA